GUUCGCAUACCAAGGACAAGGAGAAGCACAUCCUUGUAGGCAAGAAAGCAAGCCAGUAGCAGAACAUAUUUGAAUCACAUAGAAGCAAGACCUAGUUCUUAGAGGUUCCGCGACAAUGCGACAAAUGACGAUCAUUUCGGUUGGCAUUGUUGUGCUUGCCGCACUUGUUUUGGCAUCCGAGGGUCGCAUUGCCCGGAAGGACUUAGGCCUAGACCUUGGUGGUGUAGGCUUCAAGACCGGUACAGGUGUUAAUAUAGGGGGUAACAUUGGCAUAGGUGGUGCUAUUGGUGGUGCCAUUGGUGGUGCCGGCUCUGCAUCAGGGUCUGGUUCUGCGUCUGGAUCAGGGUCGGGAUCAGCCUCUGGUUCGGGGUCUGGCUCGGGAUCUGGUUCGGGCGCUGCAUCAUCAGCGGGUUCGGGUGCAGUUUCUGGUGAGGGGUCUUAUGCUGGGUCUGGUGCUGGCUCAGGUUCAGGUGGAGCCUCUGGCUCUGGUGCUGGUUCAGGCUCUGGCGCUGGUUCAGGUGCAGGCUCAGGCUCUGGUGCUGGUUCAGGUGCAGGCUCAGGCUCAGGUGGAGCCUCUGGCUCUGGUGCUGGUUCAGGCUCGGGUGGAGCCUAUGGUGGAGCUUCUGGCUCUGGUGCCGGUUCAGGCUCGGGUGGAGCCUAUGGUGGAGCUUCUGGCUCUGGUGCCGGUUCAGGCUCGGGUGGAGGCUCUGGCUCAGGUGCUGGUUCGGGGUCCGGUUAUGGUCAGGGGCAGGGAAAAGGCGAAGGCGAGGGCCAAGGAUCUGGAUAUGGACAGGGUUCCGGCUCGGGCCAUGGACAAGGUUCAGGCUCUGGUUCGGGUUAUGGUGAGGGACAUGGUGAAGGUUAUGGUCAAGGACGUGGUGCGGGAUCAGGAUAUGGUGAGGGCCAUGGUGAAGGUUAUGGUCAAGGAAGUGGUGCCGGGCAAGGAUCUGGAUAUGGCGAGGGUCAUGGCGAAGGUUAUGGUCAAGGUAGUGGUGCCGGGCAAGGAUCCGGAUACGGUGAGGGCCAUGGCGAAGGUUAUGGUCAAGGAAGUGGUGUCGGGCAAGGAUCUGGAUAUGGCGAAGGUCAUGGCCAAGGCUCUGGUUCAGGCUCAGGCUAUGGUGAAGGCUCUGGUAGUGGUUAUGGAAAUGGGGCUGGUUCGGGCUACGGUGAAGGUCAUGGAUAUGGGAAGAUUAUGGGGAAGAAACUUUUUGUCGAAGCUAUCUCAGAGGUUGAGCUGUACAAAUUUGCUCCUUGGGACCUCCUGAUAAAUCAUAAAUCAUGUCUCCAGAGCAAAGAUCUUGAGUGGUUCUUCUUUUGCCCCCAUGACAAAAAAAAUCCUAAAGGGUCUUGGACGAACCGUACCACACCGAAUGGUUAUUGGAAAACAAGUGGAAAAGACGGAACUAUUGACCUGAACUCUCGCAUUGUUGGGUUGAAGAAAACAUUGAUUUUUCAUGAAGGCAAGGCACCCAAAGGCAAUAGGACUGAUUGGGUAAUGUAUGAAUACAAAAUGGAAGAUGAAACCUUGGUGUCUACUGGUUUCUCAAAGGAUGCUUAUGUACUCAGUGGGCUUGGCCCAAGGAUUGGUGAGCAAUAUAGGGCUCCUUUUGAUGGAAAUGAAUGGGAGAAUUUAGAUGUUGGAACUUAUAUCUUGUCUUUUGCACCAUCGUCAGGUGUAGAGGAUUCACAGGUCGAAAGUUCUGCCUGGGUUACUGCCAUAGUUAUUCGGGAACCAUCCGCUCCUCAGCAGUCUGUUCAAUUUUCUGAACAUGUUAAUAUCUGUUCUGAUGAGGUUGCUGGCUUAACUUGAUUACUCUCUUGGCUAAUUGUGCUGACGGGAAGUUGUGUUUUUGCUCCAGUGGACAUAACGAAUCCCGGGCAACCGUGGAAGCGAGGAUUGACAUGCACAAGGGGGUCGAUGCGAUGCUGCAAGACUUGGUUUCUGUGACGGUUGCGCAAAACAUGUUCUUGUUCUCAUAGCCUCCUGUUAGUAGCAGCCAACACUCAGGGCAAUCAUCUCCGUUAAAUUGGUUGCUGAAGAUAAGGACGUCG